AUGAACACCACAAAUACAAACGUUUCCUUCUGGAGUGAUUAUGUUUCAGAAGAGGCCGGUUUCGGGUUAUCCAUGUCAGCGACCAAGCCACUCGAAGGACAGACAGUCCACCUGGAGGGAAACAACUGUAUAAUGCAAGAUGUUGAUGUGUACUACCAAGUGGAAACAUUCCGGACAAAGCACAAACCCGGAGAGACCAGAUUCUGUGAACAAUGGUUACGGGGUGUGAUCGACAGUAAAUUACGUCUAAUGCCGUAUAAAUAUAAGCGACAUAUUGACUAUUGCGGUUGGAUUCUCCGAUACAAGCGCCAAUGUAUGGCAACUUCAAAUUCAAGUCUCAAAAUACGCACCUGCAUGUCUGCCAUACCUUGGCACUUCAUCACCAUCGAGAGCUUGACAUCGGUGUUCAACCCCGAUGCUUCGUCACCGUAUAAACACGAUUUAGUUGAAAGCCUUAUUGUGAAGAAAAGAAUAAAGAAACUGACAAGAACGCAAUUAACAUCCAUUAGCAGCCAUACCUUGCAGUGUACUCAACCAGGCGCAGUGAGGAUCAUGCGGUUCCCAUCCUGGAAGGCGAGUAGCACCACCAGCACCCAAAAAUUUCGUGAGCUUUCAUACCCCUCUAUCAGGUCAAAGAUUGGCCACCUCUCUGCUUUCCCCACUGGCAACCUCAGAAAUGAAGUACAUCGUCACGUCUAA